UUAUUGUAUUGUGUGCACGCGCAUAUUGACAUAACAAAUAUGUUAUCGAUAGAUUUAAUACUAAUUAUUACAUACACUUCGAGACUUUGGUCCCGUGCGAAUUGAAAAAUGGUGAUUCUUCAGGGUGAUUUUAAUUGUGCCGCAUUAAUGACCGCAUAGAAUCUCCGAGGUGAAGUGAAGAACAGGCAUGCUCCUCUCCAGAGUGGUGAGAAUGCAACCGGGACUAAAAGCCAAGAGGAAGACGGAAGAAGAAAGUCCAAAGUCCGUCGAGUCUGCAUUCCAUGAUGGCAAGCAACCAAACUGGUACCACGAGGAGUGUUUCUUCGAGAAGCAGAGGCCAAAAUCUGUUGAUGAGGUUGGAAACUUUAAUAAACUCAAGAGUGCUGAUCAAAAAAGGCUUAGCACUAAAAUAGAUGAAGUAUCCCAGGGUGCAGUGGUAAUGGUGGCAAAUGAGAAACCUAAAGGGAAAUCGAAGAAGCGAGCGGCCACUGCUGUGGUGGGUGCUCUCAAAGACUUCGGCGUGGAGUACGCUAAGAGCAGCCGAGCUAGUUGCAAGCACUGUGAGAUUAAGAUCUGUAAGGAUGAAGUGCGCAUACGCAAGACAGUGUUCGACACAGAAAUCGGCAGCAAGUAUGGUGGUCAGCCGCUCUGGCAUCAUGUCAAAUGCUUCGCCGAAGCGCGGCAUGAGUUACAGUUCUUCGCUGGCGGGGAUGUGCUGCCAGGGUUCAGUGACCUGGCGGAGGAAGAUCAGAAAAUGAUAAAAGAGAUUGUUAAACCAUUAGACUCCGGUGAAGUGCCAAUAAAGAAACUGAAAUCCGAGAAACCCGAUCCCGAGGAGCAGAAACUGGAGAAGACGAUGAAGAAGCAGAACGAUUUGUAUCAGAAGUACAAAACGGGACUCGGCAAGUUCUCAGCCGGCGAUGUCGAGAGCUUGUUAGAGGCGAAUUCACAAGAGGUGCCUCAGAAUAAACGGGAGGCGGUUGACCUCCUGGCUGACUGUAUGGCUUUUGGAGCCCUGAAGCCCUGCCCCGAGUGUAAGAAUGGACAACUCGUAUUAGAUACUUUUGGCUAUAAGUGUACUGGACACAUAAGCGGGUUCACCUCAUGCGCCUACAUAACUCAGGACCCCAAGAGAGUACCACUGGUGGUACCAUCGUCAUUCUCAGACCGCUCCUUGUUCAAGAAGUACAAACCCAAAGCGGAUGUGAGGGUGUUCCGUUCAGCUCCUAAACCAGUGUUGCCUGUGAAGAAGGAGGAGACGGUUGUGAAGAAAGAGGUUCGCAAUCCCCCACUGAAGAACUUACAAUUCUUCAUCUACGGCCGUGACCUGAGCAAAGACAAGAAGGAAGAGAUCAAAAGACGCAUCCUCAAACUGGGCGGUCUCGUGGUCUCCAAGCUGACGGAGACCGCGGCCGCUGUGGUCUCCACAAAGAAGGAGAUCGAGAGGAUGAGUGAGAAGAUGGAGGAAGUUUCUGAGAAAGAGAUAGAGGUUGUCGAAGAAUCCUUCCUAGACCUGAUCCACCCGGAGAACGGGAGCGUGUCGGAGUCGAUGAGACUCAUCAGGGAAAACAAUAUCGCGACGUGGGGCUCCGAUCCAAUAACUCGCGUGCCCCAAGACGUGAUCGACGGCAAGUCUAUAGCCAAGUCGGGCAGCAAUUACGCCAAGUCUUCUAAAUCGGGACCUGUCAAAAUUAAAAUCAAAGACGGGUCGGCGGUGGACCCCGCGUCAGGGCUCGCGGACUCCACCCACGUGUACGCGGACCCCGAGGGCACCAAAUACAGCGUGGUGCUCUCCAAGACCGACAUCGUCAGCGGGAAGAACUCGUAUUAUAAACUACAGCUGCUGAAGAGUGAUGUAGCCGAUAUGUUCUACCUGUUCCGCGCUUGGGGUCGUAUCGGGACACCGAUCGGCGGGAACAAGACUGAGAAUUUCAGGAGUCUCCCCGACGCCGUCAGACAGUUCAAAUUCUUCUAUCAGGACAAGACGCAGAACGACUGGGACUGUAGGGAGUACUUUGAGAAGGUCCCAGGCGCCUACUACCCUCACGACGUGGACUACAGCGACGGAGACAAGAAGGAGAACCUUCGCGCCAUGGAGCUGGACUCCAAAUGUUCAUUGCCAGAGCCCGUGCAGAAACUCGUGCAGAAGAUCUUCGACACGAACGCCAUGAAACAGACCAUGUUGGAGUUUGAGUUGGACACGGAAAAGAUGCCGCUGGGCAAAAUAUCUCAGAAACAGAUCACUCAAGGGUACAAAGUGUUGUCGGAGCUGCUAAAGUAUAUAGAGAAGGGAAAAGUGAACCAGUCUAAAGUCAUUGAUGCUACUAACAGAUUCUUCACGAUAAUUCCUCACGACUUCGGCACUGAGAAUCCUCCGCUGCUCGACUCUGCCGACCUCGUCCGGGCCAAGUGUCAGAUGUUGGACAACCUGCUGGAGAUCGAGAUAGCUUACAGCAUCCUCAACACAGAUAGCAAAUCCACCGGCAGCGUUGUGGAGGAGAGUUACAAGAAGCUGAGAACGGAGAUCACUCCCCUGGACAGGAAUUCCAAAGAGUUCAAGAUGAUCGAGGAGUACACGAAGAAUACUCACGCUGCCACUCACUCGGCUUAUACACUGGAGAUUGAGGAGGUGUUCAAAGUGGUCCGAGACGGCGAAGAGAAACGCUACAAGCCGUUCAAGAAAUUACACAACCGGCGUCUGCUGUGGCACGGUUCAAGGGUUACCAACUUUGCUGGUAUAUUGUCUCAAGGGCUCCGCAUCGCGCCGCCCGAGGCGCCGGUGACGGGCUACAUGUUCGGCAAGGGCAUCUACUUCGCCGACAUGGUGUCCAAGUCCGCCAACUACUGCUGCACCAGCAAAGACAAGCCCGUCGGUGUGAUGCUGCUGUGCGAAGUCGCCCUGGGCAAUAUGAAGGAGUGCAGAAAAGCGGAGUACGUGACCAAACUGCCGGCCGGCACACACUCGGUGUUCGGUGCGGGGCGCACAGAGCCCGACCCGGCGCACGCGCUGAAAUUAGACGACGACACGCUAGUUCCGCUCGGGCCGCCGCUCGCCAGCGACAGGAAAUGCGAUCUGCUCUACAACGAAUACAUCGUGUACGACGUGGCGCAAGUCAACGUGAAAUAUCUUCUGCAGAUGAAAUUCAAUUUCAAAUAUUGAUUUUAAUAAUCAAAAUUGAAAUAUGUAUGUACCUACAUCGCCAUAUUGUCGACUGUCUGUGUUGUUGUUAAUUGUGUCAUUGUGACCGCAAAAGUCGAGGUCGCAUUAUUUACAUUAUAAUGUAAGUUAACGUGUGAAGUAAAAAGGUGAGACUUUAAAAAUAAAGGCGUUAGUUGUUAUGUGUUAUGUACUUUUUAAUGAUUUUUCUGCAUUUACACAUACAUACAUACAUAUGGUCACGUCUAUGUCCCUUGCGGGGUAGACAGAGCUAACAGUCUUGAAAAGACUGAAUGGCCACAUUCAGCUAUUUGGCUUAAUGAAUAAGGCGAAAUGAACAGUUAUAAUACAUUUACUCGAAUUUGUUCUCCUUUAGUAUGGCGUUAAAAAUGGCAGUUUUUGAUAGGUAUAAUUAGUAUUCAUAAAGUUCAUCUCAAUUUUAUCAUUAAACCUGACAGUUGAACGCGGCCUUUCAGUCUUUCAAGACUGCUGGCUCUGUCUACCCCGCAAAAGAUAUUGACUAUAUGUAUAAAGUUCAUUCCAAAAGUGAUCUUGAAAAGGAGAUAUUACGGUACCUUCCUUGAUUUACUAAUAAUUUUAACCACAGUUAUAUCAAGCUUGGUUAUAGAUUUUUGUGUAUUAUUUUUAUAAUCACUAUUAACUAUGAUUAGUAUUGGUUUCCAAGGACAAAUUAUAGUUCCGAAGGCAUCGCAUCAGCCUCUUUGUUUUAUGAAGUUAUUAUGUUUGUCGUUUUUAAUUUUCAAUUAUUAUUGUAAGUGUUUGAUUUGAAUUUGAAUACAGUAUUAUCAUUUUUGUAAGCACAGAAGUAGGUACAGGUGGAAAAGUAAAAUUUUUAUAUGGUGCGAAAUUAUUUUAUGCUAUCCCGUUGCAUUAUACUAUUUAGAAACAAUACAAUUCGAUUGAGCAGAAUAGAGCGCGCGGUUUGAACCCGCGAAUUGAACUGUCUGCUAUUGGAAUAACUUCUAUUCAUUUUGGUUUUUCGAUAAUUAGUUUAAUGUACUUCUUGUAACAAUUUUAUUCAGUUUUUAUUCGGUCUGAUUCUUGAAUAGGCCGUGGAAUCUCGCCAAUGCGACUUGUAAACGUGAUAGUACUGUAAUUCCGAUUGUCUUUGAUGAUACCAAUUAUUGUGUGAUAAAUAAAAUUAAUUAUUGUUGCGUUAACCACGUACAACGCCUAAUUUUUUAUUUGUUAAUAUCUCAUUUAUUUUUUUAAAUAAAUCCAGUGAU